CAAAUCAUAUCCAUCAAACGAGCACCAGCGAAUAAAUUUCUAAUGGGUGGUAAAGAAACAAAUACGACUUUUCAUAUUUCCUCCACUUUGAUCCUAAACAAAAUCCUUAUCUGGCUUCACCUUCUCUUGAUCUCCAAAGCCACCACCAUCGCCCAUGCCGAUCACCAGGAGCAGCGUAUCCUCCUCCGCCUGAGAGCUCACUGGAGCAGUACCUCUGCUCUCAGCUCAUGGAGCACCUCCUCUCCCCACUGCCAAUGGCCAGGAGUCCAGUGCGACGAUGGUGGCUUCGUCAACAUCAUAUCCGUUCCCAACAUGAACAUCACCCAGUCAGUCCCAGCCUUCAUCUGCGACCUCAACAAUCUCACCCACCUCGACCUCACCAACAACAACAUCGCCACCGGCUUCCCUACCGGCCUCUACCGCUGCUCCAACCUCCAAUACCUUGACCUCUCCCAGAACUACUUCGUCGGAGGGAUUCCCGGCGAUAUCGACAAGUUGUCUUUUCGCCUCAAGCACCUCGACCUCUCGGGUAACAACUUCACCGGCAGCAUCCCACAGUCAAUUGGCCGGAUUAAGUCGCUGCAGUUCCUGCACCUCGACAACAACCAUUUGAAUGGCUCGUUUCCGGCUGAGCUUGGCCAACUCUCCAUGCUCCAAAAUCUCACUCUCGCAUACAAUCAUUUUGCAAGCCAACGGAUUCCCGAUGAGUUUGGGAAUAUGAGGAGCCUAAAGUACAUCAUGAUGUCAGAAAUUCAAGUCACGGGUGAGAUACCGGAGAGUUUUAAGAAUCUAAAGGAACUAGAACAUCUAGACCUGGCGAUGAAUUUGCUUAAUGGCUCAAUUCCUGAAUCCAUAUGGUCGCUGGAGAAGCUCAAAAGAAUCUACUUGUUUGCCAACAAGCUAUCAGGUGAAAUCAGCAGCGAGAUCAGGGCGACAAGUUUGGAGGAGAUUGAUGUGUCCGAAAACAAUCUCAACGGGUCGAUACCAGAGGGAUUUGGCAACCUCAUCAAUCUCACCAAGUUGUUCAUGUACUAUAAUGAACUAUCCGGCAAGAUUCCUGACGGCCUAGCCUUUCUUCCCAAGCUAUAUGACAUUAGGCUCUUCGGUAAUCAGUUCACAGGAGUUUUGCCGUCGGAGCUCGGGAAGCACUCCAAGCUGAGGAAUUUUGAGGUGUCAGACAACAGGAUGUCUGGCAGCUUGCCUGAAGGCCUGUGCGCCAAAGGAGCUCUAAAUUCGGUGGUGGUCUUCAACAACAACUUCUCUGGUGAGCUGACGGUGUUUCUCGCCGAUGAGUGCCACACCUUGAGUAACAUUCAACUCUAUAACAAUAGCUUCUCCAGCAUGUUUCCCCUCAAAAUAUGGUCGACUGCUGUAAAUUUGACGACGGUGUUGAUCCAUCACAACCUCUUGUCUGGCACUUUGCCAGACACACUGCCAAGGAGCCUAAGGCGCUUGGAAAUCCAAGACAACCUCUUCUCUGGAAAAAUCCCGUCUUCAACUCCAGAACUGCGAGUUCUCAAAGUGAGUAACAAUAAGUUCUCAGGUGAAAUUCCGACAGUACUCACCGGGAUGUCAAGGCUCCUGAAUCUAUUGCUUGAUGGAAAUCAAAUCUCCGGUUCAAUUCCAGCAGGCAUAUCCGCUUUGAAGUCACUUACAGAACUCAACCUCAAGAACAACCAUCUCUCGGGAAACAUCCCACCGGAAAUUGGACUGAUGCCAGAGCUCAAAAUAAUAGACCUUUCAUGGAACAUGCUAUCAGGGCCAAUUCCACCGGAGAUGGGCAACCUUAAACUCAACUCCCUUAACCUGUCUCACAACCAACUAUCCGGCGAGAUACCCCUCCAGUUGCAGAACCAAGCUUACGAGCAAAGCUUUUCAGCAAAUCCUGAUCUCUGCUCCUCCAAGUCCAUAGUGAAUAUCAAACUUUGUGCACACCGGACGGCCAGUAUCGAUAAUAAGUCUUCACAGAGACUGAUCAGAAGAUUCCUAGUGCUCGGUGGAUUCAUGGUCCUAAUGGUUAUUGUGAUUGGGAUAUUGAUGUGCCGCUGGCAGCCUGACGUCAUCCAUCAGCAGCCGUGGAAGCUCACUUCUUUUCAGAAAGUGGACUUCACUGAAGCCGACAUAAUAGGUAAGUUGACAGUGGAUAACCUCAUCGGCAAGGGAGGGUCCGGCGAGGUGUACAGAAUCGACAUCAGCAAUCACACCAGCAUGACAGUGGCCGUGAAGAAAAUUUGGAAUACCGGAAAGACAGACUGGAAGAUGGAGAAAGCCUUCGAGGCUGAAGUCAAGAUCUUGGGCGAGAUCCGGCAUGCCAACAUUGUGAAGCUACUCUGUUGCAUCUCGAAUGCAGACUCCAAGCUCCUUGUCUAUGAGUACAUGGAGAAUGGAAGCCUGGAUCAGUGGCUACACCAGCAGCGAGUGAGACCAGACUCCGAGCACAAUGAGCCACUUAAUUGGCCCAAGAGAUUGGGGAUUGCCAUUGAUGCAGCAAAAGGGUUGUGCUACAUGCACCACCAGUGCACGGCGCCGGUCAUUCAUCGUGAUGUGAAGUCGAGCAAUAUACUUCUGGAUUCAGAGUGUAGAGCUAAGAUUGCUGACUUUGGCCUGGCUCGCAUGCUGCUCAAGGCUGGUGAGCCCGAAUCAGCAUCGGCCAUGGGAGGCACUUUUGGCUACAUGGCUCCAGAGUGUGGCUAUUCAAGGAAGAUCACAAACAAGGUGGACAUUUAUAGCUUUGGGGUAGUCCUCUUGGAGCUGACAACAGGAAGGGAAGCACUAGAUGGUGAUGAACACGAGAACUUAGCAGGGUGGGCUGCUCGCCACCAAAGGGAGAAUGGCAGUGUAAUGGAGCUGAUAGACAAGGACUUGAGUGAAGAUGUUGACUACUUGGAUGACAUAGCGACGGUGCUAAGUCUAGGCAUAGAAUGCACAAGCAGGAAUCCUGUCUUCAGGCCUUCCAUGAAGGAUGUAUUGCACAACCUGAUGGAAUGUGACCGAAGGGAUCUUGGUCAAAGGAAAUUCGACAUCAGUAUGCUUCUCCAGACGAAGAGAUGGAGCCUGCAGAGAAGUUCAUCAGUUGCAGAUGAAGAAUAUGGCCACAGUCAUCAGAUGGAUGCAGUUUAGACAAAAUGUACAGUGGCUAAUUUGAGCACCAUUUUCCUGCAUGAAUCCUCAAUGGUGUGGAAAGAUUGAGAAUGCUUUUUGUUGUUGAGGAUCGCAGGGUACUGUAUAACUAUCGAGCAACCAGUCACCUAGAAGCUGUAUCAUGCUAAAUUUUUAUGAUACCAUGACCUUGAAACUGGGUGAUUAUUUAUGCAGUAUUGGUCAUCCUU